AAAAAUAAUUAUGAUGACAGUUGCUGGUAGAAUAUUUCGACGCAAUUCCAAAGGAAUAAAAAGUAUUGAAUUUAAUGAUUGGGCCGAUGAAUCGUUUGAAGAUAUGGAUUCAACUUUGGCAGUACAACAGUUAAUUCAACAAUCAAUUCGCUGUAAUACUUCAAAUAUUGAUGAAAUAUUAUCACCACCGGAGGGUCAAGAUGAAGGAACCUGGAAAUAUGAGCAUCUUCGUCAAUUUUGUAUGGAAUUAAAUAAAUUAGCUGUUAAAUUACAGAAAGAAUGUCUUCCCGAGAUGUGUAUACAAAUGACCGCAACGGAGCAAUGGAUUUUCUUGUGUGCAGCCCAUAAAACACCGAAAGAAUGUCCUGCCAUAGACUAUACCCGUCAUACAUUGGAUGGAGCUUCUUGUCUUUUAAAUAAUACAAAAUAUUUUCCUUCUCGAGUAACCAUGAAGGAAUCAUCUGUUAGUAAAUUAGGUUCAGUGUGUCGACGAGUAUAUCGGAUAUUUGGUCAUGCAUAUUUUCACCAUCGAAGUGUUUUCGAUGAGUUUGAGAAUACAAGUCACCUUUGUAAACGAUUUACAAUAUUUGUAACAAAAUAUAAUCUCAUGUCAAAGGAACAUUUAAUUGUACCAAUAUUGGCACCGGAAGUAUCAGAAGUCCCAGAAGCUGCUGAAGAAAGUGAAGCUUAAAAAGGAUACUCAAUUUUUCACCAACAUGGGAAACAUUUGAUAAUCGAAAAUUUCAAUCCAAUCGUCUAAAGGAAAAACAACAACAAAAUCAACAUCAACAUCAAUUUCUACAAAAACAUCCACAAUAGCAUCACAAUAACAACAUUUUCAACAACAACAUCUACAACAACAUCUACAACAAUUAACCUGAUAAUUUACUCCAAUAUGAAAAAACACCAAUAUCUUAAUAAGUUGACAAGAUUUUAUCAAAAAAUUCUGCUCAUGGAACCAGUUACAAGAUAAUUAAUCUUCCGGUUCAAAACAUUAUGUUGAUUUUUCCACGAUCAACUUUUAUCAAAUCAACAUCUUCAACCUUUGACUUAAAUCAAAAAUGAGAAACAAAACAAAACUAAAACCUCUUUACAUGUUUCAUCUGAUAGUAAAUUAGGUUCAGUGUGUCGACGAUUAUAUCGAAUAUUUGGUCAGACUUUUUUUAUCAUCCAAGUAUUUUGGUGAAUUUUCAAUAAUACAAGUCGCCCUUUGGUAAACGAUUCACGAUUUUUGUAAUUAACUAUAAUCUCAUGUCAAAGGAACAUCUAAUUGUAGCAAUAUUUGGCACCUGAGGAAUCAGAUGAAUACUCACCUACGGAGGAAAGUGAAGCUUAAUCAAUUUAAUUUACUCUUUUAAUCUAUCCAAUUUACCUCAUAACAUAUACACUUACAUAACUAUUCACAAUCCAUUUAUCAAAUUUAUCUUCAAUGAACAUAUAUCAUCAUCGCAACUAAUUUGUAUAUUUAUCAAAUAUUAUCACAAAUUGUCUGAGCACAAUAAAUACUUUGGAAUCAUAACAAAAACAAAAAA